UAUGGUCCCACCAAUCCACAUGCUAUGAACUGAUAUUUUAGGGUAAGGGUAAUUUAGGUAUUAUCUUAAUGAGUAGCUUAGGAAAUAAGCUAGGUAGUUUUGUUAAGAAAAUUACUCUAUAUAUAGGGUUAAUUAGAGAGAAGAAGGUAUGUUGAAGAUUAUUGACAAUAUUAGGGAGCUUUUAAGAGUUCAUUUGGGAGUGUGUCAAGUCACUCGAAUACUUGGCAAUCUAUCCUUUAUUACUGUAAUUUUCAGUUUAUCAAUCAAAUCUUCAUCUUCUUCCUCAAUUUAUGCAUUUAUUGGUAUCUAAGCUAUGUUAGUUCAUAGCACCACAUCCACGAAAAGGCGAGGACUCACGCACAAACCUAAAUUUGGUAGAGAAAAUCGCACGUGUGGUAUAGACUAGUUCACAUAUAGAAGAAUAAGCAGGAGAAUAACCAACAUAUAAUCUUGUGUUAUUCCAGUGGGGUAUUAUAUGGUGUGCGAAUGGUAGUUCAUGAUGGGUGUAAGGAUUGGAUAAGCAGAGGCAGGCACCUCCAUCAUAAGGAUUAUUGUCUUACCUACUAAGAAUGUUGAGAAGAAAUACUCUUCUUUUAACCAAAUGCCUAAACAAGGAGUCUAAAGCCUCAUAAGGAACUUGAAUUUCAGACUUUAGUCUCAUUAUGUGGCUCCUCAUGUUCUCUACUUGUAGCAUAUCUACACCAUAUUUGCUCGUAAGGUAGAUAACUGAAUCAAAGAAUGGCAUCGACAGCAUUAAAUUCACUGCUUGUCGUCAUAGCUCAUAACUUCCUUGUCACCAUCCUGGUGCAUUAAUUUGUUUACCAGAGACCAUUUACUUUUCUGCGAUUCCACCUUUGUACCUCCAAUGGAGGACAACACAGACUUGAAGAUAUCAAGGGUUACCAGCUUUACAUCUUCUAACAUGCUUUCAAAGGUGUGUCCUUUUUGCAUGAUCGGUCUCGGUCACGGUCUUCAAGCACUAUUUGGAAAUCUUCUUGGCACUUUUUUGGGUGUUUAGAUAUUGAGCAACUUCACUUGUAACGUUAAGUUCAUCGCUGUGGCUUCUUCGUAGCACUGAUUGCAUGUCCUAUAGGCGUUCCUUUGAUUUACCAAUACAUCCCUUGAUGUGCUCCAAUAUCGAGAAGCCUUAGGGAUCCAUCUAAGACCACCUUGACCCAUUUGGAGUGUAGAUUUUCGGAUAUGGCUUGUUGAUUAAGCGGAAGGUGAAGCAACUCAUCUACAGAGAAAUACAAACUUCAAGGUUGGCGAGUUUUUGGGUCGGUGAUGAACAGGUAGAGGGAGGCAGGCAGGCAGCUUGAGAAGACUUCAAUCUGCAUAGUGUUGAUCAAACUUAUUGCCGGAUGAGUUAUUGAUGGGAAACUCGAUCAAUGGGUGAGUUGGAUGAAAGUUUGUGCAGAUUGAGGUCAUCUCAAGCUGCCUCUACUUCAUCAGUAACCAACAAACUUACCGACCUUAAAGAUUUAUACAAGUGCGUUGAGGAGUUUCUUCAACUGCCUCUUAAUCAGAAAAACGUAUCUCAAACUGAAUGCGUUGAGCAGGUGUUGGAUGGAUCUCUAAGACUUCUCGACAUUUGUAGCACAUCAAGGGAUGUUUUGGUACAGUCAAGGGAACGCCUCCAAGACAUUCAAUCAGUGCUAAGAAGAAGGUGUAGUGGUGAACUUAAUAUUACCAAUGAAGUCGCUGAAUACAUUAAAACACGAAAAACAUCCAAGAAGAUCAUCAAGAAGUGCUUGAAAGACAUCAAGGAAGUCGACAACACUAACGAGGCCAAUGUCCUUAAUGAAGUGCAAGCGAUGACAGUCGAAGUUUUCAAGUCAAUGCUAUCCUACAUUGGUGGAUCACAAAAAAGUAGUUGGUCUUUCUCAAAACUCAUCAGCCAGAAAUCUGAGAAGGAAACAACAACAUCCAUCAGUGAAUUUGAUGCAGUUGAUGCUACUUUGGAGUUGAUCUGUCAUAAAAAGACAGCAAAUGUAGAUAUGUCACAAUUGGUCAAAUUGGAGUAAGAAAUUCAAGAAAUUGAUGAAGUCUUAGAAUGCUUAUUUAGGCAUUUGGUUAAGACUAGAUCAACUCUUCUUAAUGUCCUUAGUAACUAGAACGUACAAAAGUUAACUAUUGUACAAAAUUUUGAUCUGUAAAUGAAAGUUAAUAUACAAAUGGAUACACAAUUUUCUUUAAUUUGUGUUCUUCAAGUUUAUAUUUUAAUUUAUGCAUGAUUCACUAAACAUAGCAGCAAUUUAU